AUGGAUGGAAUCAAUUUGGAUGGUUUCAUCUAUGAUUGUUCACCAAAUGGUAUACGAUCAAUUUAUUGUUCUGUAAUUGGUGAAGUUUGCUUAGAUGAAACAACGGAAGUAAUUAGCAGAAGUAGAAAGCCUAGUAUUGGAAUGUGGUGCAAGUUUAAGCCAUUCUGCCAGGAAAAUGGAAAAUGGUUUGCCCGAAAGAUUAUAUUAAUGGCACAUCCACGAUUGAAAUGCCUUAUUAGAGAGAACGAAUGUAUUGUUAAAGGAACAGCAGUUGUGUGCAAUGUAAGCGAUUGUUCUGGUUACCUGUGGAAUGACUACAUCGGAUUAAUUGCCGUCGAAGGACAGAUGGUAAAUCAACUGAAACCGCUAACUGCUGUUGAAUUUCAAGCAUUACCACUCAGGAAAAGCGGUACAUCAGUGUAUUUUAUGGCUAAGGAAAUAUGUGUUGAAUCGGAAAGUGUAUUUCAAUCUGAAGUGCUAAUUUUCACGCAAAAAGCCGAGGUAAAAGCAGAUGGUCGAGUCUAUGUGUCGGAUUGUGCUAUUACUUUACUGGAUAUAGCAUAUUCUGCUGAGCCGAUUAUCGGUACAACAAUAUCGAUUCUUUAUUACAGAGCAUACAAUGAUUAUGCUUCUGGCAUUGGUAUUUAUGCAACUACUGAUAGUAAUACUGUUGCUGGAAUCAGAGACGAUUUCUUUACAACUAAACGAUGUUUCGAAUUAUGUGCUGAAUGUACAGAAGUUGAACAGUUCAGUAAUGCUUGUGAAGAUCUGAAUAUAGUAUCUGAUCAGUCACUAGUUAUCGACGAUGAAAUAUCCACUAUAAAAAUUGAUAUUUCGGGGUCACCAAUUAGGAACAUUACCGAAUUUGCGGAAAGCAACGAAAAUAAUCGUUCGACGAAUACUUCGAAAAUGCUUGUUUCAUUAUCGGAUGAUAGCAAUUGUUCGAUGAAUCAAAAUUUCCAGCCACUCAAUUCUAUCGUUCUGGACAAUGAGUUGAAUUCUAGUGACAAAUUUCCUCUCAACUCAUUUGCUGAAAAGAGUGAUCGCGAAUUGGCUAGCUCCUCGAAAGAUAGUGUUGCAGUUGAACCAAAAAACGAAUUCAUGAGGUCAAAACGAGAUGGAUUAGAACCGGAAGAUGUGUGGGAUGACGAAUUUGUUGAACAUUUAACACACAAAUUAAAAGAAAUGAAGGAAAUUCAGGAUGAAAAUGAUGGAAAAUAUAACGACGUAAUCGAUCAGUAUCAGAAUGAUAAUGCAAGUGCUGAGGAAGAAUUUCGCGAUAAACUGAAAGAUUAUUCGGAGAAGGAAUGUGAUUCACUGCUACAUGUUCAAAACAUUGAAACUAAGAUGAGGAACAAUGUUGGCUCCAGUUCACACCUCGUUAUCAGCAACCAAAUUAUGAAUGGAUGGGAUUCAAAAUUGUCAGAAAAUCUAGAAAACAACAUUUCUGUCAAGAAGGAUAUUGGUACGUGGAUCAACGAAAUGGAUAAACUUUGUAUAAAAGUACUUUCAAAUGCGCGCCUUCGUAAUUUUGUAAGCGUAAAUGAAAAUGGAAAUGCUCUUCUCCGUGAUAUAAUGCAUUAUCUGAAUUAUCAAAUAACAAUGGACGAAAUAAAUGAAGAACUUGGAAUUCCACUUUCCGAAGUGACGCCUGAUUGUUUCAAUAUUGUGCACGAAGAACGAGCUCUUGCAAUAUGUCGAAAAUUAAUGAAGAUGAAUGGUUUUGAGCGAAUUGCUAACAGUAAGAUUCCAGAAAUACCGGCGGAAAUGGGAUAA